CCCCCCCCAAAAACAAAUAAACAUUAAAACAAUAAAUAAACAAAAAAAGAAAGCUAUGUGUUUUAAAGCUGAUCUUCAGCUCAUCUGUCCAGGCCCCACCUUCCUUGUCAUUGCACCCAUGAUUAGGAUUUCAGACCCCUUAGCAGAUGCCUUUUAAUCUGUGGUAGCAGCAAUGAGAUUUCUAGUUUGCUCUUUUAGAAAGCAGCUUAAAUAAAGGACAUUUGAUAAUAAUUUCUGUUCAUUUUCAUGUUGCUGCUUCCAACAACUUUGUCUAGGGUUUUAGGUAGUUUUGAAUCUUCUAUUAUCUGUAAUAUUCACACAAUAUUUCUAGCAUUGUGAUGACUGAAAACUUGAAACUUUCUAAAAUACUUCCUGUGUAUUCAUUUAACCAAUUCUGGAAGAAGUGAUGAUGCAAAAGAUAGUUGUUUCCAUUGCUGCCACCAGAUUGGCUUCAAGAUGUUCAUUUAAUGUCUUUGAGAAUGUUCUUCUCAAGAAUACUGUCGGAGAUUUCUUAAAUACUCUUAGAGGAUCCAAUUCACAUGCUCACCUGUUCCACCCAAAUUAGUAAAGAUAACAAAAAAGGAAAUUGGGUUAGGGUGAUUAGGCCACUAAGUGGAUUUUGAGUCAUUGUUACAUUCUUUGCUGAAUGCUAAUAAAUCUUUUCAAACUCUAGACUUUCACUGAAGAUCAGUGUUAAGCUAUCCUUUUUUGGAAGUUUGGUUUAUCACUUGAUGGGGUCCCAUAGUCUGAUUUUAUGUUCUUCUGUGGCUCACAAUUCCAGGUAGUCACUCUGAAACAGCAAACAAGUGUCCUCAGUACCCAGGGAAGUAGUUCAUCUGAUUCUGAAGACUCCACUGAAUUGAUCGGAUAGGAAGUGAAAUCACAUGGAUGUUGGUGAGUACCCCAUGGCAGCUGUUACUUCAUAUGGUUCGUUCAGAGUGAACUAUAACUUGGAAGCCGACUUUAGAAUGAAGAGGAACAGUUUAUCUGUUGUGAAUAAAAUUGUCCAGUCUUCACCAGCAGUGAAACAACCAAAAGUUGGGUUCUACUCUUCUCUCAGCCACACCCACAUGCACACUGUUCUUCUAGACUGGGGGAGUUUGCCUCACCACGUAGUAUUACGCAUUUUUCAGUAUCUUCCUUUAAUAGAUCGGGCCCGGGCAUCUUCAGUAUGUAGGAAAUGGAAUGAAGUUUUUCAUAUUCCUGACCUUUGGAGAAAGUUUGAAUUCGAACUGAACCAAUCAGCAACUUCAUAUUUUAAGUCUACACAUCCUGAUCUCAUUCAGCAGAUCAUUAAAAAGCAUGCUACCCAUCUCCAGUAUGUCAGCUUUAAGGUUGACAGUAGUACUGAAUCAGCAGAAGCUGCCUGUGAUAUACUUUCUCAGCUGGUAAACUGCUCUCUCCAGACCUUGGGCUUGAUUUCGACAGCCAAACCAAGUUUUAUGAAUGUGUCAAAGUCUCAUUUUGUGUCAGCACUUACAGUUGUUUUUGUCAACUCAAAAUCAUUAUCAUCGAUCAAAAUUGAAGAUACACCAGUGGAUGAUCCUUCACUGAAGAUUCUCGUGGCCAAUAAUAGUGACACUCUAAGACUCCUAAAAAUGAGUAGCUGUCCUCAUGUUUCAUCUGAUGGAAUCCUUUGUAUAGCUGACCAUUGUCAAGGCCUUAGAGAAUUGGCAUUGAAUUAUUACAUUCUAAGUGAUGAACUUCUCCUAGCCCUUUCAAGUGAAACUCAUGUUCGCCUUGAACAUCUUCGAAUUGAUGUUGUGAGUGAAAAUCCUGGACAGGUUGAAUUUCACACUAUUAAAAAACAAAGUUGGGAUGCACUUAUUAAACACUCCCCUGGAGUUAAUGUUGUUAUGUAUUUCUUUUUAUAUGAAGAAGAAUUUGAGGCAUUCUUCAGAGAAGAAACCCCUGUUACUAACCUUUAUUUUGGUCGUUCGGUAAGCAAAGCAGCUCUAGGCCGGAUAGGUCUUAACUGUCCACGACUAAUUGAGUUAGUGGUAUGUGCUAAUGGUCUUCAGACUCUUGACGAUGAACUUAUUUGCAUUGCUGAAUGCUGUAAAAACUUAACAGCCUUGGGCCUCAGUGAAUGUGAAGUGAGUUGCAGUGCAUUCGUUGAUUUUGUAAGACGGUGUGGGAAAAGGCUGACCCACCUCUCCAUAAUGGAAGACGUUUUGAUCCCUGAUGGUAAUUAUAACCUAGAUGAAAUUCACACUGAAGUCUCCAAAUACUUGGGAAGAAUAUGGUUCCCUGAUGUCCUGCCUAUCUGGUAAUUAGCUACCAAAGAUUCUUAAUUUUUUUUUUUAUUGGUAAGAUAAGCUUCUUUCUGUCUAUGCAAAUGUAAAUUUUAAGAUGCAUUGUUGAAAUAUUUUAGGUAAGGUAUAUUAACAUUUGCAAACUGUCUUAAUGGAUUGCAGCAAAAAACAUUUGAAAAAAAAGUAGGAGAAAUUUUAAGAGCGAGAAAUACCCAUAAACAGGGCUUAGAUCCUGUAUUGUGGAUUAGGUAGCUGAUAUGCUAAACGCUAUCAAUGGUUUGUAGAUGAGUUCCUCAGCCUUCCUCGAAGGGAUAUUUUAGCUUGCUAAAUAAAUUUAUAAUAUUAGCUUCGGAUCCCUAAAUUAUGAUGUUUAUAACUUUAUAUUGCUUUAAUUACUUCUCUUUUAUCUUGGUAUUAGUGUGUUUUACAAGAUAUGUAGUAUUAAAAACUAAGAGUAAAAUAAAAGUAUAGUUACAGAGGCUGA